CGAUAGCGGGAACAAGGCGCACGAGGGCGACAGCAUCGCGAGCGAGGCCGACAGCCAGCAGGCGUUGAGCGGCCGCGUUGUGAUCGAGAGCCACGACGCGGUGAGCGCCAGCGACAACAGGGCGAGCGUGGUCGGCAACCAGCAGGUGCAGGUCGGCAGCGAUCAGGGGCUGAACGGUCACCGGGAGAGCGAGAAAGACGACGCGCUAAGCGUGAUCGACCACAUGGCGAGCGAGAUCGGGAACGCGGUGCGCGCGAACAGCGGCAUGAACCGCGGCAUGGUGAACAUCAACGGCAGCACGAUGCUCGAGGUCGGCAGCCAGCAGGCGCUGACUGGCCGCAGGGGGCGCGAGACCGACGAGGGGAUGAACGGCGGCAAGGUUAGCGAGGGCGAUGCUGCGGGCAGGAUUGGCAACGCUGUGCUUGCGAUCGGCAACUUGGCGAGCGUGAGCGGUGAGGAGAGCACGCGCGGCGGCGAGAGCCUUCUGAUGCGGCUGCUGGAGGCGCCGCUCACGAUCGGCACCGUCAGGGCAUUGGGCGCCGUCAGAGGCGCGGCCGGCGCCCGCGCAGACGAGUGGGGGCAGGCCCUCAUGGUCGAGCGGGGCCGCAGGUUCAAGCUCAAGCUGGUGGAGAAGUACUCGGGCUCAGCAGGCCUCCUGCGCAAGGUCUGUGCGUGGAGGGCCGCCUGGGGCCCGCCGCGGGGCUCGGUCAGCAAGCGGCCCCUGGCCGCCUGCCUUCAGCGCGCGGUGGGGCAGGCCUAUCGAGAGCGAGCUGGACUCAUAGGCUGGCACCCUCGCCACUGGAGCUGGCUGGGCGACAACCUCUUGGACUUCCUCGGCGUCGUCCUGGCGCGGCGCGAGAACUUGCGCUCGUGGCCAGACGAUAUCCACCACAUGGUCAUCUUCAUUGUGGGCAAGCUCGAUGGUGGCGGCAGACCGACUUGCCUGCUCCGCACGCUAUCGCGAGUCUGGGAGGGCGGUCGAGCCGCCCGCAUGGAGCGCUGGGGGGCCAAGAAGUGCGGGAGCUACGACUGGGAAGCACCAGCGAGGAGCAGCGAACAUGCGGUCUUGCGCGUGCUGCUGGACGACGAG